CGGGAUUGGUCAUUAAAUCAACAAGAAGGAGAAGCGACUGGCAAUAUCACGCAUUAUCCAGUGCGUCCAGAGCACCGUUGUUGUGGAGAUUUCGGGGACAAGUUUGAAAAACGAAGACGACGGAGUUUAUUGCGGCGAUGAAGAGGUGGGGAUUGGACCCGAAGGAGAAAGCUAUGUUUUUUAUGAUGGAUGUGGCAGAGAAUGUGAUAUUGUCAAGCAGGAAUAUAGGAACAUUGAGGAUGUUGACUCCGAGGACUUUGAAUUUGUUUGACGUCUUGGAUUCUGAUAGGCUGGUGUUGACUCCGGAUUCUGUGGAUUUUUUGAAUGCGAGGUAUGGGGUGGGUAAUGAGGAAAGCGAGGAUGAUGAUGAGCAGGAGGAUGAUGGAGAGGAAGAGGAAGGGGAAGGUGUUGAUGAAGACCAUCUUCCUUCGACUGUCUCUAAAGAUUGGUAACUUGUAUCAGCCAGAUAGAUGUCAGUUUGGAAUAUUUUCAACUGAUCCUUUCUCAUUCUUCAACAUGUGCAAUAGGAACUGAUGCAGGACAAUGAUAGAGAGGAGUGACGUUAUCAUCCUUUUCUAGAUUGACUGAAAACUUGGCAUCCUUUGCGCGACACGUGAGAAGAUUACUGCUGUGCCCAAGUUAAUGGUAAUUUCUGUUGCAGGGUGCUGCUUCAUUUUAUUGCAGGCCGGUUUUGGUAUGAUUUUCUGUGUAUUUUUGUAUCAAUUUGCACACCCUCUUUUGCAAAUAUAUCUAGUUAGGUAUUCUACAUUGCAAUUUGGUCAAGUGUUGAUUCCCAGUUCUCACCCCUCACCUUUGGCAUUGAUACUGUUUUGCUGCGUAUUCAUUCAAUUCUUUUGGGCUAUCUGUUUUGUCCUUUAGAUUUUGCAGUUCUUAGCCGUGUGGUUUGCUGUUUUGUCCUUAUGUUCCGACCCCCCUGUCCUCCAUAUCAGAAAUUGUAGGUUGCUUCUAAUGGUUCUUCUUGC